AUGACAUCCCCUUGUCCCAACAGCACGCGGGAGAGCAACAACAGCCAAGCGUGCAUGCCCCUGUCCAAAAUGCCUAUUAGCCUGGCUCACGGCAUCAUCCGCUCGACCGUGCUGCUCGUCUUCCUCACGGUCUCCUUCAUUGGCAAUGUAGUGCUGGCGCUGGUGUUGCAGCGCAAGCCGCAGUUGCUGCAGGUGACCAACCGCUUCAUCUUUAACCUCCUCGUCACCGACCUGCUGCAAAUUUCUCUCGUUGCCCCCUGGGUGGUGGCCACCUCUGUGCCUCUCUUCUGGCCCCUCAACAGUCACUUCUGCACAGCCCUGGUUAGCCUCACCCACCUGUUCGCUUUCGCCAGUGUCAACACCAUUGUUGUGGUGUCCAUAGAUCGCUAUCUGUCCAUCAUUCACCCUCUCUCCUACCCAUCCAAGAUGACCCAUCGCCGUGGUUACAUGCUUCUCUAUGGCACCUGGAUCGUGGCCAUCUUGCAGAGCACACCCCCGCUCUAUGGCUGGGGUCAGGCUGCCUUUGAUGAGCGCAAUGCCCUCUGCUCCAUGAUCUGGGGGGCCAGCCCGAGCUACACAAUUCUCAGUGUGGUGUCCUUCAUCGUCAUUCCACUGGUUGUCAUGAUUGCCUGCUACUCCGUGGUGUUUGGUGCAGCCCGUCGGCAGCAUGCUUUGCUGUACAACAAGAGCCACAGCUUGGAGGUGCGGGUCAAGGACUGCGUGGAGAAUGAGGAUGAACGGGGAGGAAAGAAGAAGGAUGAGUUCCAGGAUGAGAGCGAGGUCCACGGCCAGGAUGAAGGUGUGGUCAAGGCCAAGGAGGGCAGCGUGGAGGCCAGUGUGGACCCCAUGGAAGCCAAGGACAGCAGCCUGAAGGCCAAGGAAGGAAAUGCGGAGAUCAUUGAGGGUAUCAUGGAGGCCCAGGGCACCGAGUUGGUCAGUGACAGCCGGAUGAAGGGUAAGGAAGUUGGCACCAUCGUUGAGGAGAGCAGCAUGAAGGCAGACAAGGGCCGUGUAGAGGUCAGCCAGUGCAACAUCGACUUGGGUGAAGAUGACCUGGAGUUUGGGGAGGAUGACAUCCAUUUCAGUGAGGAUGAUGUCGAAGCAGUGAACAUCCCAGAGAGCCUCCCACCCAGCCGGCGAAACAGCAACAGCCACCCUCCUCUGCCCAGGUGCUAUGAGUGCAAAGCUGCUAAAGUGAUCUUCCUCAUCAUUUUCUCCUAUGUGCUAUCUCUGGGGCCCUACUGCUUUCUAGCAGUCCUGGCUGUGUGGGUGGAUGUCCAAACCAAGGUGCCCCAGUGGGUGAUAACCAUAAUAAUCUGGCUCUUCUUUCUGCAGUGCUGUAUCCACCCCUACAUUUAUGGCUACAUGCACAAGACCAUCAAGAAGGAAAUCCAGGAUAUGCUGAAGAAGUUCUUCUGCAAGGAAAAGCCCCCCAAAGAAGACAGCCACCCAGACCUACCUGGAACCGAAGCUGGCACAGAGGGUGGCACCGAAGGCAAGAUUGUCCCUUCCCAUGAUUCUGCUACUUCGCCUUGA